AUGAGACCUGACGACAACUUUUGCGUGCGCGUGGAGCUCUGGCCGUUCCUCUGGCUGGCGCUGCAGCUGGCGAUCGAAGGUGUUGCACGCUUUGCCCUCUACGUGAUCGACGCGGCGUUUGUCGGUCACAUUGGCACGGACGAGUUUGCGGGUGCUUCCCUCGCGACCAUUUGGGUCGAGUUGCCGCUCUGCACCUUCUGGGGCAUGGCGUCGGCCCUCACUGCGCUCUGCGGACAAGCGUACGGCGCCAAAAACUACGUUCUUAUGGGCAUUUGGCUGCAAAUGGCGCUCGUGCUUGUCACGGUCUGCGCGAUUCCGACGACGAUCUACUAUGGCUUUGUCGACGUCUUUCUCCGGUUUGCCUCGGAUGACAGUACUGUGGUGGCGCUGGGUGCACGGUUUGGCGCGCUCUUGUCGCCGAGCGUGUGGCCGCAGCUCGUGUACGUCUGUUUGCGCAAGUACCUCCAAGCCAUGGCCAUCGUCACACCCACGACUAUCAACGGCGUCGUCUCGAUCGGCCUUGAUAUUGGCGCCAACUACCUCUUGAUUUACGGUGCCGACCUCGGCUUUGACGGGUCACCUCUGGCCACUGUUUUUGUGUCCUGGUUCCAGCCGAUCGCGCUCUUUGGCUACUGCUGUGUCUACAAAGCGUACCACAAAGCGUCAUGGGGCGGCUGGGCGUUCUCGGAGCUCACGUGGGUACGAUGGCAGACGUUUCUUCGCAUGGCCCUUCCGCUCGGCCUCAACAGCGGCUGGGAUACGCUCGUCACGGCCGCUCUCUCUCUCAUUGUGGCCAAGCUCGGCCCCGACACAAUCGCGACGCAAGCCAUUUUGGCCAACGUUUGGAUGGUCGUCGAUGCCAUUUUUCGUGGUGUCGCCGUCGCGGCAGAAGUGGGUCUCGCAGCGCAUCUGGGCGGCGGCCGCCCGAGAGCCGCCCGUACGAGCGCAAUGUUUGGCUUUGGCGUCCUCUUGGUGGUGGCACUGCUCGUGUGUCUCGUGCUUUGGUCAACGCCCGCGGCCGUCGUUGGCAUCUUUACUCCGAGCCAAAAACUGCUCGCGAUCUACGAGACCGUGCUGCCGAUGUACAUGGUCACGCUGGUCGUUGACGCCAUCGAGAUCGGCGUGGCCACGUCGCUCGAAGGCAUGGGCCACCGUCAAAUGCGGCUUGUGACGACGGUGACUGUCAUCGGACUCUGGGGCGUGCAGUUGCCGCUUGCGUACUACCUCGGGCAGGUUCAAGACUAUGGACUCUUUGGCGUCUGGGCUGCAAUGGCGCUUGCGAUCGCAGCAAAAGCCCUCAUCCUCGGCGUGUGCUUUCUUCGCAUCGACUGGGCGGCGACCGUCGCGGACGCCAUGGUGACGGCCGAGGUCACACAAUCGAGCACUGAGCUCAACGAUGUAUUCGUGCUGGAACGCAAGAGCGGCUCGAUCCACGUCCUUUCACUGCCCGACGCCACCCCCAAUAAUAGCAGCGAGAACGAGUGGGACGACGACAAGUCAAAUGACUCGUGGUAUGCAACGUUCCUCUAA